AUGGGGCAGCAGCCUGGAAAGGAGAAGCGCCCGCAGGGCAAGUGGGAACCCCCUGUGGCAACCGAUAUUGGUAAGAAGAAGAAGCGGCACGGCCCUGACACUGCGGCAAAGAUGCCUAAGAUUUACCCCCUACGGGCGUGUCUUCUUAAGCAGCUUCGCCUAGAGCGCUGCAAGGACUAUCUGCUGCUCGAAGGUGAACUUCUCAAGACGAUCGGUGCACAACGUGAGGCGCAGGAAAACCUUGAGGAGAACGCCAUGUCACACUAUGAGGCGGAGCUUAACAAACUGGAGGCGCUGCGUGGCAUUCCAAUGGAGGUGGGCACACUUGAGGAAGUCAUUGACGACACCCACGCCAUUGUUUCUACCUCUGGUUCCGAGUACUAUGUGCCGAUGCUCUCCUUCGUCGAUAAGGAGAAAUUGGAGCUUGGCUGCAGUGUACUUCUGCACGACCGCUACCACAGCGUUGUGGGUGUGCUGGAGAGCAACACGGAUCCGCUCGUGAGCGUCAUGAAAGUGGAGAAGGCGCCACAGGAGACGUACGCUGAUAUUGGUGGCCUCGAGGACCAAAUCCAGGAGAUCAAGGAGGCAGUCGAGUUCCCGCUCUCGCACCCUGAGCUCUACGACGAGGUUGGUGUAAAGCCGCCCAAGGGCGUUAUUCUCUAUGGUGUCCCUGGUACCGGCAAGACACUCCUUGCAAAGGCGGUGGCAAACCAAACGAGCGCGACGUUCCUGCGCGUUGUGGGCUCGGAGCUCAUUCAGAAGUACUCCGGCGACGGCCCGAAACUGGUGCGCGAGCUGUUCCGUGUUGCCGAGGAGAACAGUCCGUCUAUCGUCUUCAUUGACGAGAUUGACGCCAUUGGAACGAAGCGGUACGACACGGACAGCAGCGGUGCGAAGGAGGUUCAACGCACUAUGUUAGAGCUUCUAACGCAGCUUGAUGGGUUCGACAGCUGCAAUGACGUGAAGGUUAUCAUGGCGACAAACCGCAUUGAGACACUUGACCCCGCCCUCAUCCGCCCGGGUCGUAUCGACAGGAAGAUUGAGUUCCCGUUUCCUGACGAGAAAACAAAGAAGAUGAUUUUUGAGAUCCACACCAGUCGCAUGUCAUUAGCCGAUGAUGUUGAUAUUUCUGAGUUUAUCCACGCGAAGGAUGAGAUGAGCGGUGCGGACAUCAAGGCCAUCUGCACCGAGGCCGGCCUGCUUGCGCUGCGCGACCGCCGCAUGAAAGUCUGUCAGGCGGACUUCGUCAAGGGGAAGGAGAAUGUGCAGUACCGUAAGGACAAGAGCAGCUUCUCGAAGUUCUACCUGUAG